ACUGGGCACAACUAUUUAUUUUUAUACGUGGUUCGUGGCCCGAUUAGUUUUUAAUUUAAAUUUUGUUUUAGCUGUUGCUGCACCAAAAUGCAUGCAAAGCUGAGCGAAAUGGAGCUGCGCAUAGUGGCGCGACUGAAUGAGGAGCUCGGCAAGGAUGCCAGCCGGCUGCAUCGGGCCAGUAACGUAGCCAACUACUAUAAGGAGCGCCUGCAGGCCUUGUCCCAAUCGCUCGACUACGAGGAUGUCCAGAACGUGUCCUGCUACAAAUCCGCCUUCCAGUGCCAGCAGCAGGUCUGCGAGAGCAUCGACUUCGAGCUGGAGAAGCUGGCCCAGUUCGGCGCCAAGAUGAAAAAGAAGCUCCAGGAGUGCCAGCCCGCUCUGGAUAGCGUGGCCGCGGAUGCAGGAAAAGUGAGGCAGCUGCAGCGCUUGGCGCAGUAUCUGCGCUUGGUUCAAGACAUCCAGGAGAUCAGCGCCGCCCUAAGCAGUGCUAUUAAUGGCAAGGACGAGGCCAAGCUGGUCAAUAUCUACCUAACCCUCUAUGAGGGAAACGAUUGCGAGCACAGCGUGGUGGGACGCCUGCAGGCCGUGCAGGCAAGGUCCCUGAAAUCCUUCGCGGAACGCACUGCUAUCUACUGGCACAAGCUGCUCCUCAAGCGGCUCUCCAGUGAAUUCGAGGCUGUGCUGAAGAGCAUGCGCUGGGCGCAUCUGGAGCAACAGGCCCUCAACUAUUCACCCACUCGGGACACUGCCAAGGCCCAACUGCUGGCCGAAUACAUGUUCUUGAUCAAAUCUCCAGCGGAAGAGCAUGCGCCGCUGCUAAGCAUCACACCUAGCAUAGUGUGCCAGCCCAUCAACCAGGUGGUGCAGCUCCUGCUGGCGCCCUAUCGUCAGCGAUUCACAUUUCACUUCACCGGCACAAGGCAAACGAAUCGACUGGACAAACCCGAGUGGUUCUACACGCAGAUUCUCAACUGGGGCAAGGAGACGCAUUUAUUUGUGGGCAAAACAUUCCAGCCAUCGGCCAUAAAGGCGGGCAAGCUCGACUACAAUCUCAGGUUGGAGUUCAUGCGCGGUCUGGUGCAGUUAACUAUCGAGAAACUUGCGGUGGACAUUGAACAGAUUGCCCAAGACGAGAUUCUGUUUGCCCAUCUGCUGGAUGAGACGCUGGCCUUUGAGUCUGAGCUGCGGGAGACCUUUGGUUAUCCGGCCAGUUUUCCCAGCGCUAUUUCCGUAAUCACUCAGCCCAUGUAUUUGCUUCGCUGGAUUUCUCUAGAAGAACGAUUUUGUGCGGAAAAAAUGGAUGACAUUCUGCAGGCGGAGACGCCGUUCCAGCUAAUUGAUCCCAACACAUUCGAGGACGAUCUGAAAAUUCCCAAGUGUGCGGACCAGUUCAUGCGCCUGCUGGACGCCAUUAAGGAUCGCUACUACGGGCUAAUUCAGCCCGGCCACCAACUGCAGUUCCUACAUCUGCAGCUGGAGCUGAUCGAUAGCUUCCGACGACGCCUGGUGCAGCUGCACAGUAGUGCAGCGGUGCCGAGCAUUCCCGUGCUUAACGCCAUCAACUACCUGGUAAUGGUGCUGCGGGAGUGGGGCGAGAAUGUGCACUAUCUGCAUUUGCAUGCGGCGCUGGCUGGACCAAAUGCAACGGAAAUCAAUUCGGUGUUUGAGCAUGCUGUCGCCGAGCUGGAGCACUGGGCCAGGCAGCUCACGCGCAAUCUGGCCACGAAGGCUACCAACGAGAUGAAGGCAAAAUCGAUGAGCUAUCGUCAUGACACCUGGCCCACAAUGCCUGAGCAGAACAGCAGGGAACCCUUUAUCCUCUCGCCCAGUGGCGGUGAAAUGUUUCAGGUGCUGGUCACCCUGCUGCACAAUCUGGAGCGUGAACUGUCCGCCAAUCUGUUCAACCAGACGCUGCGCUUAAUAGCCCAUCAAAUCGAUGACUUCAUGCUCGAGAGCAUGGUCAUGAACACGAAGUUCACACCUGCCGGGGCAGCACAAUUCAAUUACGAUAUGACGCGCAAUUUAUUUGCGCUUUUCGGACAGUAUACGCGUCGUCCGGAGCUGCUCUUCAAGAGAAUACACGAUGCCUGCAAGCUGUUGACAGCAGCAAGAGGAACAGCUUUGUUGCUGCUGGAAACGCUGCGCAGUAAUCAAUCAGUGGAGGAGAAAACGAAACCUCUGCGGGAACUGCAUGUGCUCAGCCUGGAUAGCAAACAAUGCAUUGAGGUUCUGGAGCGGAGGACGGACAUAAAGAUGUUUUAGGCAAUGAAACAUCUUUUACCUAGCUGAUUAUUUUGUUUUAAUUAUAAAUCAUCGUUUUUACUGGGCCUUAGGAAUUUUUCAAAUAUAUACAACGAUUGCACGCCGGCUUUUCUGCGAAAUAAAAUCAAAUACAUUUCAACUGAAAGUUGACUUAAAAAUA